AUGCGCAAUUUGCUUUUCGCCCGUAUCGAAAUACUCAAUGAGGUGAUGCAGGAUAUACUUCCUACGGACGAAGUGAGACCAGAAGAUGUAGUUGGAAUGUUCAAGUUGAAGUGUGAUAAGGAUCCGAGUAUUUGGGAUUUGCCGUGUACUCUCCUAUCCGAUCUCGAUCAUAUCAGCUCCGGCCGCAAAAGUGAAGGUCUAGUCCGUUGUCGCCUGAGCCUCAUACUAUUGAACUGUCUUGCAGCAGAGGAACGAUGCUAUAAUGCUGUCAUCUCAGAUCAGUCUAUUGCUCCUCCUGAUUCUGAAAUCAUUCCUGGGCAAGCAUCCCCAACACUAUCUGAUGCAUCUUGGUGCCCCGUGGGGCCGGAGAUAGUGCGAUUGAGCGUGGAGACGCCAUUAUCGAGUGCAGUGGAAUAUAAUGGCCGCGCACGCCUACUCUACGGCACGGCAGAUUUCGCGCUGUGGUAUGGGUCCCGGACGCAAAGGAGAUGGCGUCAAAUUUGGUGGUUGUAG